CAGCAGACGCAAUAGUAUUUUGUAAUAAAAGUUGUUGCAAAUUGUUUAAAGAUUAGAAAACAAAAUAAAUUGGGAAUACACAAACAAUAUCCACUUACGGAAAAAUAUAUUAAUAAUAAUGGGUGGUGAAUUAAAGGAAGGAAGGACAUCUUCAAAUGAGACUGUUUCAUAUUUGUUUAAAAUUAUUAUUGUUGGUACCGAGAGCGUCGGCAAAACGUGUUUUCUAAAAAGGUACGCUUCAAUAGGAAUUUAAAUUUGAUUUUGAUAAAGUGCUUCAGUUCUUGAGGUGGCUAUGAAUGUAUACAGAAGGAAAGGUAAACAGAGGUACAGAAAUAUAAGAUUGUUUGUAUCUUUAAACUUUAACUUCUUGUUCAACCAAUACAGUUUCAGUUACAGAAUAAGAUUAAAAAAUGGAGUCGUUUUUUUUUUAAAUUUCAGAUUCAUUGAUCAAACAUUUAGUGACAGCUAUCUACCUACAAUAGGUGUAGACUUUUGUACUAAAACUUUUCGGACAGAGAAUGGUGAGGUUGUCAAACUACAGGUAAAAAAUUUCAUGUGAUCAAUGUUCCUUUUUUUUUCUUCUUCUUUUUUUUUUUACAACAUAAAUCAACUACCUUCCAUUACUUAUGACCAGAGCAAUGCAGAGACCCAGCCUACUCAACAAAUCCUUCCAGACUUUAGUCUAAAUAUGGCCACCAUUAAUUUUAAUAUCUUGACAUAAUAAAGUUCACCAAAAGAAGAAAAUAAAUGGCACUUUAUAAAAUUCUGCAAUUUAAUUUCUAACCUAAAUAAUUUUUAUCACAUUUUUUCUUAAAAUAUUUUUUUUGAGGAGUGGUAGGUUUAGGGAAGAUGGAGCAAAAAAACUACAACGUGUUUGAUGACUGAAAAUCUCAUACUUCUGCAGGUUUGGGACACAGCCGGUCAGGAGCGGUUCCGUACAAUUACCAACUCCUACUACCGUGGAGCCCAGGGUGUAAUCCUUAUGUAUGACAUAACAAAAAAAGCAACCUUCGAUCAAAUUCCCACUUGGUUGGAUCAAAUAGAACAACACACAGUGCCAGAAAGAGUGCUAGUAUGUAUGACUUGGUAUAACUUAUAGUGCGAGUCAAUUUGCGUGUGUGUGGGGGGAGGGGGGUUAAAUUCACCUAAAUGAUAUUGAAAGGCAUCAAAGAACAGAUCUUCCAGAGACUUCUUUCAAACAUUUUCACACAAACUAUCAUAUAUCCCCCAGUAGUAUUUUACCCACACAAUCAUGUGCUUAUUUAUAUAACAAAAGUCUUCAGUCCUUCAAUACUUUAAUAUGUGGACUACUCUCCACUUAGCCUCAAUUGAAAAAAAAACUAAACUUUAUGCUUACUGAAGUUUAUUUUCUAAGUGAACAUUCAUCAGUUGAUUGUUGGGAACAAGGCAGAUGGAGAUGAAUCUAACAGACAGGUCAGAAGAGAAGAGGGCACCAAGUUAGCCAGUGAGAGAAACUGUACAUUCUUUGAGACAAGCGCCAGGGCUGACAUCAAUGUUAGCAACGUGUUUCAGGUUGGUCUACACUUUCAUAUGGCUAUCUUUAGAAAAAAGGUGGGAGAAGUUAUUUCAACAAAUAACUUUUUAUAUUUGUAGAAUUGUAACUAUUGACAUAUUGCGAAGUUACCUGUAUUUAGCCUUGAUCACUGAGAGAAUUUUGUAAAUGUUUAAACUAAAAGGUUAGAAUAAAUAUCUCAAUGAUUUGACCCCAUGAUAUUUUAUUAAUUAAUGCAUCAUAAAUCUUUCUAUCUCUGCCAUCAAGGCAUUAAUAGAAAAACUGCUGACAGAGCACAAGGAAAAUAAACAAGACUUGAAAAGUUGCACCGCACCAGGACCUGUCGGAAGUACACGGAGAGGACCCAUCAAGUUGUUUGGCUCCAAGAGAAAUAGCACAGGAAAGCAAAACAAAAAUUCAAAAUGUCUUCUUUAACAUCCCCAAAAUCGACAAAGUGGAGGAUUGAUCUGGGCACAUUUGCUACUGGGUGUAUACAAAUGGCGAUUGUGGGCCCCGAGCUUGGUCGACUCCUGCCACUUCCUCAAUAGGCAGCAAAGACUUGACCAUGUAUAUUUUCUAGGCCAAGUCCAACUGCUAAAUGAGCAGACACCAAAACCCCUUCACUGCAAGCAUCUACCUCUUAUAGUGAUGAGUUACACAUUUUAAAAUAAUUAUUUUGUAAUUAUUGAAUAAAAUAAUUAAUUUUAAUAAAUGUUAGUGUGCUAAAGAUUUCAGAAACUUCUUAAAUAUAUUUUUUUUUUUUGCGUUGCUGACACGAUAAAUAUUUUCAGGGAUAUCAUAAAAUGUCUAAAAAUUGAUACGU